UGGGUAAGACACCCCCGAGCUCGUUUAUAUUUCUUUCGGCCAUCAACAGCAGCCUGCACGAUUCUCGAACGUGCAAAACAAUCUCUGCUGGAACAUCUAGAGACGUGAAGUGCUCAGCAUCAGAGCAGCCUGCUGUUGUGGACACGAUGGAGAUGUUACCUAUUGGCAAUCUCCCCGUCUUAGUACAGACUGACCGUGUAUCACAGCAUCUUCCCCUAACGGCACAUCCGACGCCCUCCCGGCGUCACCUUCCCCCCCAGCCUCCAGUGGCUCGCCUUUUGUCGAGCGAAGCAACCACAUGGGCAAUGGCGAGAACUCGGUUCCCCAGACCAUCUCCUCCUCCAACCCCAAGGCCGCAGCCCAGGCUGCCAGUGACAUGAGGAACAUUGUCCGCCGAAAGCUCACAGGAUACGUUGGCUUUGCGAACCUGCCAAACCAAUGGCACCGCAAGAGUGUUCGCAAGGGAUUCAACUUCAACGUCAUGGUUGUUGGUGAAUCUGGCCUUGGAAAAUCCACUCUCGUGAACACCCUUUUCAACACCUCAUUGUACCCUCCCAAGGAGCGCAAGCCCCCGAGCCUUGACAUCUCCAAGACGGUCUCGAUACAGUCCAUCAGCGCCGACAUCGAGGAGAACGGUGUCCGCCUCCGCUUGACGGUGGUUGACACCCCCGGAUUUGGAGACUUCAUUAACAAUGACGAAUCGUGGGAGCCCAUCGUUAAGAACAUUGAGCAGCGAUUCGAUGCCUAUCUCGACGCCGAGAACAAGGUCAACCGCAUGAACAUUGUUGACAACCGCAUCCACGCCGUUGUUUACUUCAUCCAGCCCACUGGCCACUCCCUCAAGCCUUUGGAUGUCGAGGUGAUGCGUAAGCUGCACACCAAGGUCAACUUGAUCCCCGUCAUUGCCAAGGCCGAUACCCUCACUGAUGAGGAGAUCAACGUUUUCAAGCAGAGGAUUCUUGCCGACAUCAACCACCACAGGAUCCAGAUCUUCGAGGGUCCCCGCUACGAGCUUGACGACGAGGAGACGAUCGCCGAGAACAACGAGAUCAUGUCCAAGGUUCCCUUUGCCGUCGUCGGUGCCAACACCGAGGUCGCCACUGCCGAUGGACGCAAGGUCCGUGGCCGUGCCUACCCCUGGGGUGUGAUUGAGGUCGACAACGAGGAGCACUGCGACUUCGUCAAGCUGCGCCAGAUGCUCAUCCGCACCCACAUGGAGGAGCUCAAGGAGAACACCAACAACUUCCUGUACGAGAACUACCGUUCCGACAAGCUCACUGCCAUGGGUGUCCAGCAGGAUUCCAGCGUCUUCAAGGAGGUCAACCCGGCCGUCAAGCAGGAGGAGGAGCGCUCGCUGCACGAGGCCAAGCUGCAGAAGAUGGAGCUCGAGAUGAAGAUGGUGUUCCAGCAGAAGGUGCAAGAAAAGGAGAGCAAGCUCCGACAGAGCGAGGAAGAGCUGUACGCACGUCACAGAGAGAUGAAGGAGCAGUUGGAGAGGCAACGACAGGAGCUCGAGGAGAAGAAGACGAGAGUCGAGCAAGGCCGACCGCUCGAGGAGAAGGGCAAGAGGAAGGGUUUCUCUCUCCGCUAAGCCAGUGCGCCAUGAUGACAGUUUCAUGGUGUUUACGGGCCUCGUUCGGACGACUACUUCUCACACCCACACACCCCCACACACACAAGACAACAAAAGCCG